CACCGAGUCACUUGCUUUGUCUUACUCUCUGCACACACCCCCAGCAGGUGCUUUCACUGAAGCUUUCAUCUGCAGUUGUGCUUUGGGCUUUAGGCUGCGUCUUUCAGGUUACGUAUAAUUCUGCCAAAAGGUCUUUUAGUGGGCUUUGGGGCCUCAGCCUGGGAGCUCAGCAUCAGACCUCAGGAGGAAGUGGACUGAGGAGUCCCUGCUGUCUGCUUCACCUCCGACCUCAAGUAGCAUCUUAACAUCCCAUCGAUUGGAAGCGUCAGAGCAUCUUUAAAGAGCAAGCUGUCAUGUCACACCCAGUGAGCUGUUUAUCUGAAGGUGAAGAGUUUGGGUCCCGGAUCGGGAUGACAGCGGACUCCCUCGUCCUCCUGGAGAGAAACAGAACUGAAGAUCCGUGGGAGAUGGUUGAAACCAAACCGAACAUAGAAGCCCUGGAGCGGGGCGUCCCAGGCCUCUACUUCCCCUGUUAUGACAUGCUCCUCACUGAAGAUGCUACAUGGCUGGUGAAAGUUUCAGAAGCCUCCCCGACACUUGCUGGGCCCAUGAAUCGCAUGGAGAGCCAGGAGGAACCGGAGCAGUGCCCCGUCAUCGAUAGCCAGGAGCAAGGCCUCUCUCCGGGCCUGGAAGGGCAGGAGGAGGAGCGGUCUCUGGAGCAGGUCCAGAGCAUGGUUGUUGGGGAAGUUCUGAAGGACAUCGAAACCGCCUGCAAACUGCUCAACAUCACCCCAGAUCCUAUAGACUGGAACACGGCGAACGUCCAAAAGUGGCUGCUGUGGACAGAGCACCUGUACAGGUUGCCUCAUGCAGGAAAAGCCUUCCAGGAGCUGACAGGAAAAGAUCUGUGUGCCAUGAGUGAGGAAGAGUUUCGCCAGCGCUCCCCGCUGUGUGGAGAUACGCUGCACGCUCACCUGGACAUAUGGAAGUCAGCUGCCUGGAUGAAGGAGAGGUGUUCAGUAGUAGAUACCAAAGCUGCAGGCGGCGAGGAGCUGUGGUCUGAGGCAGAUUCGUCUUGUUCAGGCCAACCAAUUCAUCUGUGGCAGUUCCUUAGAGAGCUCCUGCUCAAACCUCACAACUAUGGACGCUGCAUCCGCUGGCUCAACAAGGAAAAAGGUAUCUUUAAGAUCGAAGACUCAGCCCAUGUGGCGAGGCUGUGGGGACUCAGAAAGAAUCGUCCUGCUAUGAACUACGACAAGCUGAGCCGCUCCAUCCGUCAGUACUACAAGAAAGGCAUCAUCCGCAAACCAGACGUGUCUCAGAGACUGGUGUACCAGUUUGUUCACCCAGUAUGAGUCUUCAGCGACCUGGGACCAGAAGUAGGAGGAAAACUAAAAUCAAAGAACUAAAUAAAAUUGAACACAUGCACUUGAACACUAAACCUGAACUGAAAGGUGGAUAAAACUGACUCAAGCUGCGGCUGUGUGAAGGCUUUACUGAAGACAAUACGCCUAUUCAGGGGAAUUUUCCUGCUGCAAAAUCAACCAAACACAGAUGACCUGAAGUGAACUGCCUCGUCAUUUGCAUGAUCUGCCUGUUAAUGUUUCAAAAUGUGAUCCACACUAAUAAAAGUCACACCUAAUUACUCUCCCAUGCUUCAGGCAGUCAGCCUUCUGAUACCUGCCGUGACUGUGUGGAUCUGUGGAACUACACCAAACACUCACCGUACAGGAGUCUUACCUACAGACAAGGACGAGUCAGCAGUCAGGCAGAUUUCUGAGCUCCUCCGAGACGUAACGGGGCGACGUUUCCUCUAAAAGCGCUGCUGAGGAGAUGCGUGUUUCCCCUGUCAGCUCAACUGCAAAUUGCAUUUUGUGUUGUAAAUUUUGUCGUAAAACUUAAAGGACUCGAAACAAAAUUAAUAGAAAAUAAGGCAGAAUGCUGACAAAAUGUAUUUUUUUAAACAAAUACUAAUUUUCUCUGUCUUUUGAAAAAAAUCAUGUCCACUUUAUUUUGUUUAGCACCGGUCAUGCAUUUUUUUGUCAUAAUUAUGUUUAUGAUCAAAUCUGUGCAGAAUAUGUAGUCAACCUCAAAUUGACUUUGCAUGUGCCAGUAUGCAAAUGCACAAAACUGCUGAAUCUGUUGUGCAGCACAGCAUCCAAACGGAGCCACGGAGAGGCAUCUGUGUGAAGAAGAAUAAAAUCAGAUAAGGUAAACACAAAAAAUAUGUGUACAUAACUGUUUAUAUAUUCCAGGUUAAACCACAUUUUAUUCACUUUUGUUUCUGUUUCAUUUCAUUGAAACAAACUUUUUUUAAUGUAAUUGAAAUUUGUCCAAGCUUUAAAGGGUCUCAACCAACUGAACUCUAUUAAGUGGUUUCUGGGAGUUUUAUUUGCAAGAAAAUGUUUUCUACAAGUAGUCAUUACAUUUUACAAUCUGUUCUU